AUGGGUCCGACGGGAGCUGCCACGGUCAUGCGCGACGAGGCUGGCAUUCAGGUUGACACAGAUCGCAUCAUGACUGCUGGUGAUAGCGCAGGAGGCUACCUGAGUCUCCAUGUCGGUCUUAGCCAUCCAGCUGAAGUACGGGCUGUCACCGCUGCCUACCCACUCGUGGACGCGGCCUGUCCGCAUUUCAUUGGUCAGUACACCAAGACGGUAUUCAACUUACCGACGAUACCCAAGGAAACUGUCUCGACACAAAUGACAGAGAUUGCGCACCGCAAAACCAAGGAGAUUGUAUCUUCGGACCCACUUCUGCGACGCGGUGGACUUAUGUUUGGUCUGGUUCAGCAUGGUCUGUUCGGCGAUCUUUUCCCUACGCAUCAGCGAAACAUAUUCCCCGUGUUCCAACUUGAAGAUGGUGCUCGUUUCCCGCUGGGUGGUGUCCUCGUGUGGCACGGCAAGGACGAUUCGGUCGUUCCCGUCGAGGGGAGCUUGAAGUUGAAGAAAACAGUCAGCGAGCUUGACCCCGAUCUUGACUUCAGAUUAGUCAUCCGUGAGGGAGAGCACGGCUUUGAUCACGCUACCAAUGUCAACGAUGAAUGGGCAGCGGAAGCAUUGAAUGGCUGCGUGACGUCUUGGCUACAGUCCUGA